CCUUCCCUCUACCGGUCUUCUGCCACCUCCACCCUACGGCCCCUCCCUCCUUCCUUAACCAUGUGAUUCUGAUUUACACGCAUUCUUAAGAAAAACACCACAUUCCUGAAUUCUUUACAGCAUUUUUCGUCUGUCUCCUUGGAUUUUUGCCACCCCUUACAUAUAUUUUUGUAUUUCAAUCUCUCUCUCUCCCUCUACAUUUUUUUUCUACUCUCAGUGAACUGGGGUGUAGUUCUCUUUCUUUGCAACUUUGAUCUUUAUCAUUUCCUUUUUCGCUUGAGUGUAAUUUUUCUUUUCUAAUAGUACAAUCAAAUGCUGUAUAUGGCGUCAUUUUGUAUUGAACGAUGUCAAUUCCGUGAUAUAUCAUCUUUUCUUUCUCUCUCUUUUAGCUAUGAUGAUGCAAGCGUAGUUACUUUCCCAAGUUGAAAUCUUGACGGUGACUCAUUUUUUUUUUUUUUUACCCCAAUUUGUUGUAACUUACCCUUUUAGCUUUUUGAGUUGGAACAUCUACGAUUUUGCUUUUUUUAUGUUUUCUUUCUUUCUUUUCAAUCUCAGAGUAAAAUCUGCAUUUCUAGUCCCUCAAUAAUCUACCCUGCUGCUCUGUGUGGGAAAGUGCAAGUGUUUGGUAGUUUUCAUUUGGUAAUAUCAAGCUCCGUUACUUCUCUUCACUGUAAGUUGUGAAUGAAUAUAUUGAUGGGGUUUUUUAUUUCUUAGAAGAGACAGGAAUUUUCCGAUCGUUGUCUGUUGGCAGAGGGGCGUUGUUGCUUUCUUUCGCUGAGAUACAGAUGGUGCGUUGAUAGAAAUCUUGAUCAUAUAUGUUUUAUUUAUAUGUAAAUCGGGAACAUUGAAUUUGGUUGUGGAAAGUUGGGUUUUCUGUUGAGAUCCCAGGAGGGGUUUUAUGCUGGAAAUUUUGAUCCCCAGAAGAAAAAGUUUUAGGGUAGGGAUUGUUUGGUAGAUGCAAUUAAAGGUUGGACAUAUGGAAGAAGGUAAAGAUCCUGUUGCGGUGAGCAGGACAGGGCAGACUAGGGCUUUGCCCCAAAGGCUGCUCCAAUUACUUGUACUCUUUCUGGUUUUAUGUUCUACCUUCUCUGUUGUUAGUAUCUAUAUGAUCAGGUACUUCGGAGUUAAUAGUGUAGUAACUUCUGUGAGGCCUACCUUACUUCCCUGCAACAAUGAAGCAUUAACUUUAGAACAAUGGAUCAAGCCCCCAACGAAUUUGAUGCAUAAAAUGAGCGACGAGGAGUUGUUUUGGAGGGCGUCUUUUGUGCCCCGUGUGAAAAAGUAUCCGUUCCAGAGGGUCCCGAAAAUAGCAUUCAUGUUCUUGACUAAGGGACAGUUGCCGUUGGCACCUCUUUGGGAAAGGUUUUUCAAGGGGCAUGAGGGGCAGUAUUCAAUCUACAUUCAUUCAUUGCCUUCGUUUGAGGCUGAUUUUCCAUCUUCAUCUGUAUUUUACAAGAGACAGAUACCUAGUCAGGUCUCUGAGUGGGGAAAAAUGAGUAUGGUUGAUGCUGAGAGAAGACUCCUGGCUAAUGCCUUACUCGACAUAUCCAACGAAUGGUUUGUCCUGCUAUCUGAAUCGUGCAUUCCCCUCUACAAUUUUAGCAUGGUCUACAACUACAUAACGGGCUCCAAAUAUAGCUUCAUCGGUGCGUUUGAUGAUCCUGGCCCGUAUGGGAGAGGACGCUACAACGACAACAUGUUACCAGAAGUAAACAUCACAGAUUGGCGAAAGGGAUCUCAGUGGUUUGAAAUCAAUAAAAAGCUCGCUCUCUACAUCGUUGAAGACACAAAAUUCUACCCAAAAUUUUCAGAGUUCUGCAAACCAGCUUGUUAUGUGGAUGAACACUAUUUUCCUACCAUGCUGACCAUUCAAGCUGCAACUCUGUUGGCAAACAGAAGCAUAACUUGGGUGGACUGGUCGAGGGGCGGAGCUCAUCCGGCAACUUUUGGUGGAUCAGACAUUACAGAAGAAUUCUUUAAGAAAAUCUUCGACGGUCGUAGCUGCUUGUACAACAAUAAGCCUUCCUCCAUUUGUUACCUUUUUGCAAGGAAGUUCUCUCCAAGUGCCUUGGAAGCUUUGUUCUUGUUAGCCCCAAAAUUCUUAGGUUUUUAGCCAACAUUCUUACUAUGAUAUAUGGUGAUAAAGGAAACGGUUAUAUGUAUAGGAGCGAGAGCUUGAAAUUUGGAAUCAGAAUGUUGAAUGGAGAAACACUUAGGAAUAGCUGCUUACUGUUGUAGUUGAUUCUUUACUAGUGAAAAUUACAUGUAGAUUUAGCAGUUUUGAUC